AUGAUGAAACGGUCUCAAUCCAAGGGAGGAACAUCAAAUGGACCAAAUUUGGGAACCGGAAGAGGUAAGGAGUCCGAAAUGUAUCUCUGUGCCUCCACAUUGUGGGAACUUACUUGUAGUGUAUAUGAUGAACUAGACGGACCCAUACUUACCCAAACAUGGAUUAAUAGGUUCUACAUGACUAUGAGGAGAAACAUGAUGAAACGGUCUCAAUCCAAGGGAGGAACAUCAAAUGGACCAAAUUUGGGAACCGGAAGAGGUUUAUACAUGACUAUGAGGAGAAACAUGAUGAAACGGUCUCAAUCCAAGGGAGGAACAUCAAAUGGACCAAAUUUGGGAACCGGAAGAGGUAAGGAGUCCGAAAUGUAUCUCUGUGCCUCCACAUUGUGGGAACUUACUUGUAGUGUAUAUGAUGAACUAGACGGACCCAUACUUACCCAAACAUGGAUUAAUAGGUUCUACAUGACUAUGAGGAGAAACAUGAUGAAACGGUCUCAAUCCAAGGGAGGAACAUCAAAUGGACCAAAUUUGGGAACCGGAAGAGGUAAGGAGUCCGAAAUGUAUCUCUGUGCCUCCACAUUGUGGGAACUUACUUGUAGUGUAUAUGAUGAACUAGACGGACCCAUACUUACCCAAACAUGGAUUAAUAGGUUAUACAUGACUAUGAGGAGAAACAUGAUGAAACGGUCUCAAUCCAAGGGAGGAACAUCAAAUGGACCAAAUUUGGGAACCGGAAGAGGUAAGGAGUCCGAAAUGUAUCUCUGUGCCUCCACAUUGUGGGAACUUACUUGUAGUGUAUAUGAUGAACUAGACGGACCCAUACUUACCCAAACAUGGAUUAAUAGGUUUAUACAUGACUAUGAGGAGAAACAUGAUGAAACGGUCUCAAUCCAAGGGAGGAACAUCAAAUGGACCAAAUUUGGGAACCGGAAGAGGUAA